AGGUCACGUUAUAAGGCGCUGGCGGCGGCGGCGGCGGCGGUAGCCGCUUUGAGUGUGGGCCCGGCUGCAGCGCCAGGAUGAACGCCCCGCCGGCCUUCGAGUCGUUCUUGCUCUUCGAGGGCGAGAAGAAGAUCACCAUUAACAAGGACACCAAAGUGCCCAAUGCCUGUUUGUUCACCAUCAAUAAAGAAGACCACACGCUAGGAAACAUCAUCAAAUCACAGCUGCUGAAGGACCCACAGGUGCUGUUUGCUGGCUACAAAGUGCCCCACCCCUUGGAGCACAAGAUCAUCAUCCGUGUGCAGACCACGCCGGACUACAGCCCCCAGGAGGCCUUCACCAACGCCAUCACAGACCUCAUCAGCGAGCUCUCCCUGCUGGAAGAGCGGUUCCGGGUGGCCAUCAAAGACAAGCAAGAGGGGAUUGAAUAGAAGGGUCAGAAAACACCUGCUCCUCCUGCAAGCCCAGCUCCAGCCUCCACUGUACCCUCCUCUGUAGGCAUCGCAGAGGACCAUGGCCAGGCCCAGCUGUGGCUCCUGGCAGCUUCCUCGAGACCUUCCCUGACACUGAGGUGUCCUGUACAUAGACUGUUUUAGCUUCCUAAUAAAGUAUGACAUUCAAGGACCCAGA